UGCGAGAUAUGAACUCAUGAAUUUUCUAUUCUACUCCCCCACAAGAAAUACUGAUUUUUCAAACAGUAUUAUACAGUGUAACAAAUAACCGGAUAGCAGGACUAUAGAAUGAACAUCGUAAGUAUGUCACUUGUGAUCAUAAUACGUACUUGUCCACCCCCCUUCCGGAGAAAGCUGUUUGUAGCGAGAAAAACUCCAUAAUUUUUCAUUCCAAAUUUCCCACCAUCGAUUAACCAAGAGUAGCAAGGGAAAGGCAGGGCGACUAAAGAGAAAUUAAAAAACCACCGCACUGAACCUCUAAACACAAGUUCAGCCAAAUUGUAAAUCCUUUUUCAGGUUUUGUAUCCUCCUUUGGUUCCCUGAAUUAUUCCGUCUCUACCCCAUUUUCUCUUACCUCCUCCCCCCCUUUCCUGUCUGUCCAUCGUUGCCGUUUCUGCUUCGCAAUCAUCUGCGUCUGCACGGCCGGGUUAUCGCAUCCACAGAGCCUGCUGAGCCGUAUGACACCUGUGUAAGGAUUGCUCUAGGGAAACUUGGUGGAUACAUACCUAUACCGGCAUAUAUAUCUAUUACAUUGUUCUUCCCCGAAUUUUCUCAGAGCUCCACUCUUCCCUGGUCUCCUUCGACACUUUUUUCUUCCGUUACAGCGUGCACUGGCGAUUGAGUGAGAGUGUGUGAGGGUGUGAGCGUCUGUGUGAUAUAUAUAUCGACAUGACGGGUGAAGAGAUCGUCAGCGUCCAUGGGGGGAACAGUUCCGGACCAAAGGCUCAUGAUUCACCCCAUGAGAAUAUUGAACGGAGGGAUGAAGCUGGAGGAAAUUACACCUCCGUUGGGGGCGAGCAGACGCAGGUGUCUGAAACUCCAACGUUGUGGAUGUGGGUUUUGACAUUUGUUUCUGGGAUUAGUGGGUUACUGUUUGGUUAUGAUACCGGUGUCAUUUCCGGAGCACUCGUGGUGAUCGCAGGUGAUCUUGGUCCGGCAGAGUUAUCUAAUCAAGAGAAAGAAUUCAUCACGGCAGCAACCUCACUCGGAGCCUUAAUCUUCAGUGCAUUCUCGGGCGCACUUGCAGACCAGAUUGGGCGGAAAAGGGUUAUUGCUAUCGCUGAUGUUGUGUUCGUUGCAGGGGCAGUUAUUCAAGCUGUCGCCAAGUCUGUCUGGGUUAUGGUGGUGGGUCGUUUCGUUAUUGGUUGGGGCGUUGGUUUGGCUAGUUUGAUUGUACCGCUCUACCUCGCCGAGCUUUCACCUGCACAAUAUCGUGGGAGGAUGAUUCUCAUCAAUGUGCUUUUCAUCACCUUCGGUCAAGUUGUUGCCUAUGCUAUUGGAGCUGGGCUCACGCACGUAGAGGCUGGAUGGAGGUGA